CCCAUCAAUGGUAGAAGCAAGUGGAAAAUAGGUUAGAGUUGGAAAAUGUUUUCUAUACCAUUUUUGCGACAGAAUUUAAGUUUAACGAAAUCAAAUUUACCUAGAAAUUUAUUUACUUCGUCGAUCUUUUGUCAACAAUCAAAGGAAGAUCAACGAGUUAUAGAGACCAGAGAAAUAACUAAAGACCGUACCCAGCAAAUUCCAGUAGAAACUAGCAUCAGAUAUCUUAAAAGUGCCGCAUACAAACAAACGUACGAAGGCCAACCAGUGUGGGUUUUAUACAGAAGAAAUCAUAAAGGCCUUUUUCCUCCUAGAAAGACAAGGAAAACGUGUGUAAGAGGUGGUCAAAUUUCUACAGGUAACCCAUGUCCAAUUUGUAGAGAUGAAUAUCUGAUAUUACAUGAACAAAAUGUGGAUUUGUUGAAGCAGUUCAUUUCUCCCCAGACAGGAAGUAUUUUAAGUUAUAGUAAAACUGGAUUGUGUCAGAAGAAACAUCAACAAUUAAUAGUUGCUAUUACAAGAGCAUAUGACCGAGGUCUGCUUACAUUUGAUGUACCUUUUAGAAAAUACGAUUACUCAGAAUAUUAUUCAGAAAAAUAAAUAAUGGAGGCAACAUUUGUUAUUGUAGGAGGAGGGAUAGCUGGUGUUAGUUGUGCAGAGACUUUAGCUUUCUUUGAACCUGAAAAAUCUAUUGUACUUCUUAGUGAAUCAUCCCUUAUUAAGACAGUGACUAAUCUUCAUGCUAUUACAAGAACUUUGACUGAGUUUAAUAUUCAAGAGAUGGCCUCUUCUGAAUUUUCAUCAAAGCAUCCAAAUAUUAAAGUUAUUCAUGAUACUCUUGCUGAAAUCCAUGACAGUGAGAAGUACAUCAUAACUACUGAGAAUAAAAUGAUCAAAUAUCAAUAUUUAUGUUUAUGUACUGGAGCUAGGCCCAAGCUUAUACCUCAAGCUCAACAGUUUGAAGAAAUUCUGGGUAUAAGAGAUACAGAUUCUGUAGAUACAUUUUUGAAAAAAAUAAACAAAGCCACUAAAGUUAUAGUUGUAGGUAAUGGUGGUAUUGCUUCUGAACUGGUUUAUAAAAUAAAAAAUAUGCAAGUUCAUUGGGUAAUUAAGGAUCGACACAUUUCUGCUACUUUUGUUGAUCCUGGUGCAGCUGAGUUUUUCCUUCCAUCCCUGAAUCAAGAUGAUGUUAAACAAGAACCCGUUAGUAAGAGAAUGAGGUACCAAGAAGAAGAUUUCCAUAAAUCUGGUGCUGCAUUAGGUCCUGAUUGGUACACAAAUCUUAUUAUACAAGGGGCUGGGGGUUUAAGUAUGCCAUCUAGUGUAAAAGUCCACUAUGAAACUGAAAUAACACUAGUUGAGAGAUUGAAAGAUUGUACACAUGCUUUGGCAGUAACUUUAUCCAAUGGUGAAAAAUUAGAUUGUGAUUUGAUUAUUUCUGCAACUGGUGUAACUCCAAGAAUGUCCUUCAAGUCACAUAACUCAUUGGAAUGUUCCGAAAAUGGUGAAAUAAAAGUGAAUGAAUAUAUGCAAACCAAUCUUCCAAAUAUAUAUGCAGCUGGUGAUGUCUGUAGUGCCAAUUGGAACCUAGCAAAACAUUGGUUUCAAAUGAAGUUGUGGACACAAGCCAGACAUAUGGGGUCAUAUGCAGCCAAAGCCAUAGUUGGACACUUAAACAAGGAAGAGGUUUUGCAAGAUUUUUGUUUUGAAAUGUUUGCCCAUUCAACAAAACUAUUUGGCUAUAAGGUUAUUCUACUUGGAUUGUUCAAUGGACAAAAAUUGGGAAGAAACUAUGAAAUCCUUAUUAGAAUGACAAAAGGUCUUGAAUAUAUAAAAUUCGUUUUGGAAGAUAAUAAAUUACAAGGUGCUGUUUUAAUCGGUGAUACAGAUUUAGAAGAAAUGGCUGAAAACCUUAUAUUAAAUCAAAUAGAUUUGUCACCUUAUGGGGAUGAUAUUUUAAAUCCUGAUAUAGACAUUGAAGAUUAUUUUGAUUGAAAGUUACUGUUUUGUAUUGUAUUUUAAUUUUGUACAGUAACAUUAAUAAAAUAAACAGGAAA